UAGGAGGGUAUUAAAGUAAUUCAAUUUCAGAAAAAGCUCACCCGAAAUCUGAGAAGGUCCUAACACGUCAACCAGUUUGUUGUUUUCUAAAUUUUCAAACCUUUUGACUCCCUCUGGCUGUCUCUAUCAACCUUUAUAAAUUAGAUUUAUGUAAACUAGAAAAUGAACCUCGUUAUUUGUGUCGUAACGUUCUUCUCAGGGAGGAUGUGGGGAGAACGAAGAAGCUGGAUACAGGGGAGAGUUUCUUUUCGAAAAACAGAAUGAAGAAUUUUAUGGAAAAGAUCUCACCUUUCGAAAAGGGUUUCUGGGUUUUCGAGUUUAAUCCUUAAGCUUUAAUGGGAAAUUGCUUGGAAGGUCGUUCUAAAGUGGAUAACUCUCUCAGUUCUCGAACAAGUACUUCUGGAACCACACAGAGUGCGUAUAAAAGUAGCAAUUCUUUGAGACUUUCGAAUCUGACUCUUCCCACAAACAGCGAAAAAUCCACAUCAGGAAGUCUUCCCACUCCUAGGUCCGAAGGAGAAAUAUUAUCAUCCCCACAUUUAAAAGCAUUUACAUUGAAUGAGCUCAAGAAUGCUACCCGAAAUUUCCGUCAAGACAAUCUUAUUGGAGAAGGUGGUUUUGGUUAUGUUUACAAAGGGUGGAUUGAUGAGCACACCCUAAGUGCUUCAAGAGCUGGAAGUGGAAUUGUAGUUGCCAUAAAGAAGCUUAAACCAGAAGGUUUUCAGGGCCAUAAGGAAUGGUUGUCGGAGGUGAAUUAUCUUGGUCAACUUCAUCAUCCAAAUCUUGUUAAGCUUGUUGGAUACUGUGUUGAUGGGAGUAACCGGCUUCUAGUUUAUGAAUAUAUGCCUAAAGGCAGCUUGGAGAAUCAUCUAUUUAGGAGAGGUGCCAGGCCACUCUCUUGGGCUAAAAGGAUCAGAGUUGCUGUAGAUGCAGCUCGAGGGCUCUCCUUCCUGCAUAAUUCUAAGGAGCAAGUUAUCUACCGUGAUUUCAAGGCAUCAAACAUCUUAUUGGAUUCAGAAUUCAAUGCGAAACUUUCAGACUUUGGUUUGGCGAAAUCAGGGCCCACUGGUGAUCGUACUCAUGUUUCCACCCAAGUUAUGGGUACUCAAGGCUAUGCUGCACCUGAAUAUAUGGCUACAGGUCGAUUGACUGCGAAGUGCGAUGUCUAUAGCUUCGGGGUUGUGCUACUGGAGCUGCUAUCCGGACGACAUGCUGUUGACAAAACAAAAGUUGGUGUGGAGCAGAAUCUAGUGGAUUGGGCCAGACCCUAUUUGGGUGACAGGCGAAAGUUAUUCCGCAUUAUGGACACCAAAUUAGAGGGUCAGUAUCCUCAAAAAGGAGCUUUCAUGGUUGCAAUCCUCGCUUUACAGUGCAUUGGUGAGGCCAAACUUCGGCCACAAAUGUCAGAGGUUCUGCAUGCUCUGGAACAGCUCUCAACUACCAAACAGUCACAAAGUCCAUCUCAUUCCCGCCUGUCAACUGGCAGCCAUAGUCCGGUACCUCCCCGCCUGUCAUCCAGCAACCACAGUCCAGUACCUAAGUCCCCACUGAAACACAAUUUCCCUUCACCUAUGAACAAGAGUCCUAGAGGAUCCCCAGUGCCACACCAACUGAAAUCACCACGGGGACUGUGAGCUGAGUGGAGUUCUGUUAAGUCCUCCUUAACUAGUACUUAAAAGUUUUGUGGAUUAUGUUUUUGAUGGCAUUUAGGUGUACACUGUUUUGACAAAUACAACAUGAAUGCAUGAUUAAUUACAACUACUACCAGGUACAACAUUUCAUGUUCCCUAUCCUAUGGGCUCAUGUGAAUGAAAAUAAUCACGCUCUCUCCUAUAUUAAUAAAGAAAUAAACAUAUGU